AUGGCUGCUCCUGCUUAUACCCCUCUUGAAGACCGUCCUCUCAAGGACACGAUUUGCCUUUUCGAUGUCGACGGCACCUUGACUCCCGCUCGUCUUGAUGCCUCUCCCGAAAUCCUCGACCUCCUCCAGGCUCUCCGCAAGAAGUGCUCCAUCGGCUUCGUCGGCGGCUCCGACCUCAUCAAGCAGGAAGAGCAGCUCGGCAAGCCCGCCGGCGUGCCCGUCACCACCCUCUUCGACUACUGCUUCGCCGAGAACGGCCUGACCGCGUACAAGCUAGGCGAGGCGCUGCCCUCCAACAGCUUCAUCAAGUGGAUCGGCGAGGACAAGUACAAGGAGCUGGCCAACUUUGUCCUGCACUACGUUGCCGACCUGGACAUCCCCGUCAAGCGAGGAACCUUCAUUGAGUUCCGCAACGGCAUGGUCAACAUCAGCCCCGUCGGCAGAAACGCCAGCACAAAGGAGCGAAACGAGUUUGAGGCCUACGACAAGGAGGCCAAGGUUCGAGAGAAGUUUGUUGCUGUUCUCAAGGAGAAGUUUGGCAACCUGGGCCUUACCUUCUCCAUCGGCGGCCAAAUCUCCUUCGACGUCUUCCCCACCGGCUGGGACAAGACCUACUGCCUGAACCACCUCGAGAACGAGGCCAAGAAGCCCAACGGAAUCGCCUACAAGAACAUCCAUUUCUUCGGAGACAAGACGUUCAAGGGCGGCAACGACUACGAGAUCUUCAGCGACGAGCGAACCAUUGGCCACACCGUCAAGGGCCCCGAGGAGACUAUCCAGAUUCUGAAGGAGCUUUUCGACCUCUAG